AGCUGAACUUCCAUAUGGCCAAGGUGGGCCAAAUUCAUAAAUGCAUGAAUUCAAUUUUCUGAAUGAACCAUACCCAGAUUGUACCCAUUGUAAAUGAACUACACAAGACGCAAGAUCCUUUCCUCUGAAAACUAAAACGUACAACAAACUCAAAUCUCUUCUAAACCAACAAGAAACGUCAUUUCUUAAGAACUUUCCGAACUAACAUCCAUGGAGGUCAGUAGCAAGAUCCCUGUUACAGAAAACAUACACGACGACUUCGAUGAUGAACUUGCAGCAGUAAAAGCCGCAGCAUGGGCAUGGUUCCAACACGGAUCAGGUUGCGAGGGGAACGGUAAACCAAUCCAUGAAUUCGAUCAUGCUAAUUACGCAACUCAAAGGCCUAUUAGACCGUCAAGAUUCAAGCUAGAAGCGAUGAGGUAUGCCAAUGAAAUUUCAAGUGGUGAUGAAUCGGAAACAUCAUCCAGCAGCUUGGUUUCAACUCCAAUCCAUACUGAUACAACUUCGUUAUUUGACGCGUAUGAAAUCGCCAGAAUUUCCCAGCAACUUGAUUGUUUAAUAGAGAGCAAGUUACACCGAGAACCAGGUAGGAAAGGUCGUCUAGGAAAUUCAUGGAUGCAUGGUGGUGGUGACACUCUAGUCGACAUGAAUGAGAAAAAGCUAAGGAAGAAACUGAACCCGUUGUCUUGGCUGAGUUACCACCGGUCGUCGUGGUUAAGUUACGGUGGAAUAUGCAGAUCGACGCAUGACGUGGUGGAAACGAGAUCAUUUGUUCGGUUGCAGCCUCGUACGAAUGUCCCCAAUGGUGUUAGCCACAGAAGAUACGCUAAAUCAUAUCUACACUCUUGAUAGUACCACAAAGUCUUCAGUUCGAGUAAAAGUAUAAAAGGUUAGAAAUGAAGGCAGUGUAUAAUAUACUUACUAUGAGUUCAAAAUGUAUCUUGUACACUAUAGUUUCUUCUCUUUGAAAAGGAGCAAGGAGAUGUAUCGAGCAUUAAAUGAAGAAUUAAUAUGAAAUUUGAAUUUGUA